AUGGUUGAGAUACCAAAAACAAGCAAACCAAUGCUUUCAAAUAUUAGCACAGUGUCAUAUUAUGAAGAGAGUCUCAUGAUAGUUGCAAAAGGAUCAGAACUUAUGUACACUAGCGUGCUUUUAUUGGUUACAAGCAUUGACCUAUCACACAAUAAUCUUUUCGGAGAGAUACCUAAUGAAGUGACAAAUCUUCACGGAUUGUAUUUCUUGAACUUGUCUGUGAAUCAUUUUAUUGGAAAAAUCCCACAAAAUAUUGGUGACAUGCAGCAGUUGGAAUCGCUUGAUUUAUCAAUGAACAAUCUCUAUGGACAAAUUCCGCAAACCAUGCUUGCUUUGAAUUACUUAAGCCAGUUGAACUUGUCAUAUAACAACUUAUCAGGAAGAAUUCCAUCAGGAAACCAAUUUUGGUCCUUCAAUGACCCCUCCAUCUAUAUUGGUAAUCAUAAUCUUUGUGGACAGCCACUGCCAGAUUGCCCUACUAAUGCACCUCCACAUCAAGAAGAGGAAGAAGUAGAUGAAGAUGGCUCUGAUAUGAUAUGGAUUUAUGCCAGCUCAGCUUUGGGAUUUAUCAUGGGAUUCUGGGGUUUCGUUGGCAUGGUGAUGAUCAAAAAGGAUAUCAGGAUUUCUUAUCUUCGAUUCAUCGACAGAAUAUGUGACUGGGUCUACAUAGAAUUAGCAAUAAAAUUCGCCAAGCUGAAGUUCGUCAUGGGGAAGAGCAACCGCAAGCGUAGCUAA